CCGCAACGUGUGGCCAAUUGGCGUGCGUCUCAUUUGUAUUAUAUGAAUAAUCUCGCAUAAUGCAAAAUCAUAGGUAGCAAGAGAUAGCGGGGACACAAUGAGUAUCUACCACGACGAGGUCGAGAUUGAAGAUUUCGAGUACGACGAGGAGGAGGAGAUGUACUACUAUCCUUGUCCCUGCGGCGAUCGAUUUCAAAUUUCCAAGGAGGAGCUUAUCGAGGGCGAGGAGGUAGCCACUUGUCCGAGCUGUUCGCUUAUCGUAAAAGUGAUAUACGACGCGGACAUGUUUAAAGCGGAGGAGGAUGAGUCAGCGGUGCUCAAUGAAAAGCUAAGCGAGUUGAAGCUGGAGAAAAAUUAAGCUACCGGCUGCUAAUUAAUUUUGUAUUUAAUUAAAUAGGGUUUUAUUUGUAUACUUCCCUUUAUUGUAAAUAAUAUGUUGACUAGUAAACAAUUAGUUUAAAAUAUACAUUAGAGAAAAAAUGUA